CUGAUGGGAGAGAAGGGGGAUGUGAUUCCAGCGGAAGAAACGGCAGGGCAAAGGCGGGAGGCCGGCAUAAACACACCAAGCCAGACCAGGACUCAAAUGCCGGGCUGGGAAGUUGGCACUUGAUCCGGGGGGAAUGGGAAGGGUUUUGAGCGUGGGAGGGGCCUGGAUGGCACGUGGCAGAGAGAUCCGUCCAGCCCCACAGGAGGCGUGCAGAGGAGGUGUCCUCUCCACACUGGUGGGACCUGGGCUCUGAGCGACUCCUCUCCUUACAGCGUCCUGGAAAGGCGGUCCGUUCCGUGGAGUGGGGUCUUCAGGACCCCUGCUCCUGGGACUGCUGCCGUCCACUCUGCUGCAGGAGGUCGCACUGAGCAACCACUGUGCCCAGGUCUUCGACCCCCCGGAGGAGCUGGAGCGGAAGGUGUGGCAGCUGGCCAGGCUGGUCUGGCAGUCCUCCAGGGUGGUGUUCCACACGGGGGCUGGCAUCAGCACCGCCUCCGGCAUCCCCGACUUCAGGUCUGAGUCCGAGGGACACCGGGCAGGGCCCGCCACCCACCAGGUCCAUCCUAUGCCCCCAGACUGGGUGCCGGGUACAGGGAGGAAAGACCCCUGGGUGCAGAGAGCUCCCUUGAAGCCACAGCAACUUUCCUGUCCCCCACCGGCCAGAACCUGGUCCCCUGACCUUGCCCAGCUGCAAGGGGUGCUGGGAAGUGUGGUCUCCUUCAGACCGCACACUGAGGGGCAGCGUGCCUGGUCACACCAGGGUUCCGUUGCCCAGGGACAAUCAGCUCUGUACUCCCCGGCAACGAGGACAGGGUCAGGCAAGCAGCUUCGCCUUGGCGAGCCUCAGUCUCCUCUUCUGGGGACGUGAGACCAGGUGCUACCUAAACUGGCCCCCGAGUCCAGCAACUACCUUAGACACGAGUCUUGUUGCUGAAGAGCAGGAGUCUCAGACUGGUGGCCCCGUAGUGGCCGAGCCUGUACCCUUUUCCAAGGAGCAGGAAAUUGCCUUCAUUUCUCUUCCUGAGCUUCCUGGGCCCCAGGCCCAGAUUCUCCCAGGACAGUGGAUCCUGAGGCCUGAAUCAUUCCCACCCGGCUCCCGCUGCCACGUUCCAGUGCCCGCACGGCGGGAGGGGAGCCCUCCUGACCCGGCCCUCCCUUCCUGCUCCCGCCGCAGCCCCCGGGCCCCUCGGCUUUCCCCACACCCAGGGGUCCCCGCGGCGUCUGGACCAUGGAGGAGCGGGGCCUGGCCCCACAGUUCGACACCACCUUUGAGAGCGCGCGGCCCACGCAGACCCACAUGGCACUGGUGCAGCUGGAGCGCGUGGGCCUCCUGCGCUUCCUGGUCAGUCAGAACGUGGACGGGCUGCACGUGCGCUCCGGCUUCCCCAGAGACAAGCUGGCUGAGCUGCACGGGAACAUGUUUGUAGAAGAGUGUGUCAAGUGCAAAACGACCAAUCGUCCACCCUCCUCCACUAAGACGUUGUCUCAACUAACUACAGCCACAGUGACCCCACUUCAGACAAGGCAGUAUGUCCGGGACACAGUUGUGGGCACCAUGGGCCUCAAGGCCACCGGCCGGCUCUGCACCAUGACCAAGGCAAGGGGGCUGCGGGCCUGCAGGGGGGAGCUGAGAGACACCAUCCUAGACUGGGAAGAUGCCCUGCCUGACCGGGACCUGGCUCUUGCCGACGAGGCCAGCAGGACCGCCGACUUGUCCAUCACCCUGGGCACCUCCCUGCAAAUCCGGCCCAGUGGGAACCUGCCGCUGGCCACCAAGCGCCGGGGAGGCCGGCUGGUCAUCGUGAACCUCCAGCCCACCAAGCACGACCGUCAUGCUGACCUGCGCAUCCAUGGCUAUGUGGACCAGGUCAUGACCCGGCUCAUGAAGCACCUGGGGCUGGAGAUCCCCGCCUGGGACGGGCCCCGUGUGCUGGACAGGGCCCUGCCACCCCUGCCGCGCCCUCCCACUCCCAAGCUGGAACCCAAGGAGGAGCCCCCUAGCCGACUCAGUGAUCCAGUCCCCGCCGACCCCAGGCAGGAGCCUAGCAUGGAACCCUGGACCCAGCACAACGGCUGCAAGCCCACCAGCCCCAAAAGGGAGCCGCCAGGCAGCCCCGCCCCCUGCAGGCCGCCCAAGAGGGUGAAGGCCGAGGCGACUCCCAGCUGACCAGGGCCACAGACCGGGGCUUCUAGAAACCAUGGACUCCUUUUCUUACAUCUCACUAUCACCUGUAUCUGUCCCUUGGGGACCUCAGGGCACUGAAGCAGGACUCCAGACCCAGGUCAGGUGGGCCCUCCACUGUGGGGGUGGCUCUUGGGCCUCUCUGAUGAACCCGGGAAGAGCCAGCCUGCAGAGCCAGCCCCGGGCCUGCUGCCCCUCUGCCCCGGCCUCCAACUCAGGACUUCGGGGGAGCGGGUGGCUCGACGCCCUCCUCCCUUCUCCAGCGUAAAUGGGGAUGAGCUCCCUCGGCCCUCGGGUCCCCCUGGGAUGCUGCACACUCCCCACUCCUCUUCCGCUCUUGAUCUGUCUCCAAAGCCGCCUUCAGGGACCCUCCCCGAGGGAAGCCAGACCUCCCCCCGGACUGCAGGGCUGCGGGGAGAGGGCCCACCUGGCCCCGCGACGUCUUCGAUGCAAUAAAAACAGAACUCCUUCCUUGCACCUGAGCUUGUUUCGGUCC